AGUUAAUGUAAAAAUGUCGAUGAUGAAACUCAUCGCUUUGAUUUAUUUUUUCCUUCUGUGCUUCGAAGUAAGUUUAACAAUUUUCCGAGCUCCAUCAGAUUCAGAAAACGAGAGUAAUUCUUAUCGAAUUUACAAUGGAUUGAGAUCAAUGCAAUUUUCGUAUACAGUGAAGAUAUUUAGCCGUGAGGAUCAGAAAACAUUGUCGGGGUUUUCAUGUAGUGGCAGUAUCAUUCACCCAUUGUGGAUAAUAACAGCUGCUCAUUGUGUUUAUGACUUCAAAGUCUUUGAUGUUUUCAUUGGCAAUGUUACUAAUGAUGUAAAUCAUGUUGUGAGACCUGCCAAGACUUUCAUUCAUCCUAAUUACACUUUCGAAACGGAACUAUUGAACGACCUUGCACUUUUGAAGCUCAAAAGAUCUCUGGAAACACUUAAUAACACUUUUGAACUUGUCUCAUUGCCGCAAGCUUCUGAAGUAGAAAAAAGUUUCGUUGGUCUGCAAGGAAUUGUGGCAGGAUAUGGCAGACAUGGAGAUUGACCGACAGCAAUGUCACCAAAUUGGGCACGUUAUGAAAUCUUAUCACUUAAAAGAUGUCAAAACUUCUUCACAAGAGAUUACUCGGAAAUUUCUGAUAGAAUUCUUUGUGGUCGAGGCAUUAGAGCUUCAACAUGUCAAGGUGAUUCAGGUCAAGCUCUUGUGAUUUAUCGCAAAGGUAAAAAGAAACUCGUUGGACUUGUCAGUAACGGAUAUGAAUCUUGUGAAAUUAUGGGAGAACCAGAAAUAUUUACAAGAGUUGACGCUUAUUUGGAUUUCAUCCAACAGACAAUAAAAGAUAAUUAA